AUGAAAGUGUUCAUUGGUGUGGUGUGUCUUGUGUUGAUCGGCGUCUCUUUGGCCGAUGAUGUUGAAGUGAUUUCAAAUGAAUCAGUUGUGGAAUAUGAUGGCAAAUAUCAUUAUCACUAUGAGUUGGGAGAUGGUUCCAAAGCCAGCCAAGAUGGUGUCUUGAAACGCGUCGAUGCAGAACAUGAUGGAGAAGCCAUCCAAGGUAGAUUCGCCUUUAUUUCCGAUGAUGGCGAGGAAUACUCAAUUUCUUAUACCGCCGAUGAGAAUGGUUAUCGCCCAGUUGGCGCUCAUUUGCCCACACCACCACCAGUUCCCGAGUCAGUAUUGAAAACAUUGAAAUAUCUUGAAGAACAUCCCUAUAAUCCUGACAACGAUGUAAAGAGAUAUCGUUAAUCAUCUUUGGUGUAUUCAAACUUAGUACACCUACAUUUUAGUCAAUAGCAAAUUGUGAUUUAAGAUAUAGAACUGAGUCUUAAAAGAAAAGAAGAAAAAUGAUAUAAAUGAAUUGUUUUUGAAGUAGAAGAAUGUUGGAACGCAUAAAAAUUAAAACAACAAAAAAAAAUCAAAAUUCACACAUUAUGCCACUCACAUGUAUA